AUGAAGAUAAAUCUUUGUUUGGUGUUGUUUUCAAUUGUAGUUUAUAUUGUGUGCUCGAUGGACAUUUUGAUGAUCAGAAGAGAGGAUUUGGAGGAUACGACAUCUGAAGAUUAUACACUGUUACAUUUAGAUAAUAUACAGUCAGUGACAAUUUGUGGGAUUCAGUGCUCCAGAGACUUAGCAUGUGUAUCAUUCUUUUAUAAUAAACAUUCUGAAGUUUGUCAGACAAAAUCAGUUCAGUUUCAACCCUAUUCAUAUGUAGAACUAGAAUAUGGCAACUCUUAUUACACUCUGCAUCAAGAGAAUUGCCCAGUUGACUUUGUAAGAAACAGAAAAUAUGAUUUAUGUUAUAAACCGUUUUUGAAUAUAGUUUAUAAUGUAGACGAAGCUUACUCAAACUGUGAAAAUGAUGGCUAUGUAAUAGCCAGAGCUAAAACAGAUGAUGCCUAUCGACAUAUCUGUGAUCAACUCAUGGUAACAGAUGAUGGAUAUGGAGAAUAUAUAAUUGACGGAAAGGAGAAUAUUUCGAUGAACGGCGAUUGGUGGUUCAGUAAUGGUGAACAAAUGUUGGCAUUCAUUUGGGGUCCAGAUGAACCCAUUAUUGAAUCAGAUUUUUAUUAUGUUCAUUUACAUAUGGAAGAUGGAAAAUGUGAAAUGCAAACUACUCUCUACACUUAUGAUUAUUACUAUAUUUGCCAGGUAGUGUGA